CUAGACCUCCCUAAAUGUAACUCAUUAAAGGUCGUUUUAACAUCUCCAUUAGUCGCCAGGCAAGGAACCCAAGGACUCCCCACUUGUCCUACAAAUGUAGGGUUAUUUGAGUGUAAUAUUAAACAGGAAACCCGCUCGGAGCCUAUUCCCUCUACUGAGUGUGUUGAAUCACGUUCUUGUAAUUAUCAACCGAAUAAUAUUGUUUCUUGUAGUCGCGUUGGUAUAGAGUGCGUGAUUUCUUCUAUAUCGACUAAUGAAUUCCAUUGUUCAUAUGUUGUAAAUGGAACUGAACCUCGAUGUGGAUUUAUAUGCAAAAGCUGUCGCAAUACAUUAAACAAUGAGUUGGAAUGUAAUAGUUGUAGUAAUGGGAUUAAAACUCCUUAA